GACUCUUGUACCUGGAGAAUGAUUACAAGUUUAUCUUUUGCUACAGACUAUUAUAUUAUGGGAAAUUAAGCGAGAAAUAAGACCAGGCUAUCAGGAUGUCCUUUCAACUGAGAGUUUUACCCUUACACCCAGAAGACCUUGGCACUCAAAGGUGCCGAAUCGGACCCAGUAUUUUUAAAUCAUUAAAUCUGAAGCUGGGAUCACUAGUGCAGCUUUCUGCUUUUGGUGGCUCUUGUUUGUGCACUGUUUGGCCAAGAAAAGACUUAACUGAUGGUUUCCUGCAGUUUGACCUGAAGUGCUCAACCCAAGAAUUGAUCAGAAAGACUUGGAAGAAUCACACUGUACAUCAGGAUCAGAUCAAACGCUUAUCAUAUGUAAAGGUAGAACAUGUUACAGUUAACGUAGUUGUGAGAAGUACGGAAGCAAAGAAUACACUGAGUCCGUCUUUAUUGCAAGAGCUAGUAAGUGAUUUACUUAGAAAUGUAUAUGUUUGUGGUAACUCUCUAGUUUCUGUUGAUGAUACAGUAACCCCAAUCAUUUUUCUCAAAAUACUUAAUCUAACUCCAUUUACAAACGAGGCUGGUCUUAUAACAAGCAAGUCAACUAUUCAGAUCAAGGAUAUUGUAACUUUACAGUGGUAUGAUCAGAUCUCCUUAAACUCUGAACAGAUUCCUUUAGGUGGACUCGAAGAGGUCACUACAGCAGUGAAAGAAAUUUUAACUUUACCUUUCCAAUAUCCUCAGUCUCUAAAGAAGCUUAGCCUAUCCUCCCCCAGAGGAGUGUUACUUAUUGGCCCUCCAGGAGUUGGCAAGACUCUUUUAGUAAAAGCAGUUGCCAGGGAAGUGGCAGCAUAUGUGCUUGGCAUCAGUGGACCUGCUAUUCAUGGGUCUAGACCCGGAGAAAGUGAGGAAAGUUUACGUAAUCUUUUCCAACAAGCAGGAGAACUCUCAAAUGAAGGACCGUGUAUUUUGUUUAUUGAUGAGAUUGACUCAUUGUGUCCUAAACGAGGAAACUCAACAGGGGGACCUGAAAAUCGCAUUGUUGCUCAGCUGCUCACAUUAAUGGAUGGUAUAAAUAGUGAAGAUAAAGUGGUUAUUUUGGCUACUACAAACAGACCAGAUACUUUGGAUCCUGCUCUUCGGAGGCCUGGCCGAUUUGACAGAGAGGUUGUUAUUGGGGCACCAACUCUGAAGCAGCGCAAGGCUAUUCUAGAGGCGCUGACUUGUAAUAUGCCUCUUUCCAAAGAUGUUGAUAUAGUUCAUCUGGCUGAAAUGACUCCAGGUUUUGUUGGUGCUGACCUUUCUGCACUUUGCAGAGAAGCUGCAUUACGUGCUGUUCUUCAUGGCUCAGAGGGCUCCAUUGAUAAAAUUCAAAUGGCAGAUUUUUGUGAUGCUUCUAAGAAAAUUCAGCCAUCAUGUCUCAGAGGAAGUAUUGGACUGAAAGAAGUCAGCGCAGUUGCUUGGGAACAUAUUGGUGGGUUGGACGAGGUGAAACUUAAACUAAAGCAGAGCAUUGAAUGGCCUAUGAAAUUCCCAGAGGCAUUUGUAAGGAUGGGCUUGAGUCGCCCAAAAGGUGUUCUUCUCUGCGGACCGCCUGGGUGUGCCAAAACUACCUUAGUAAAGGCUGCUGCCAAUAGUUGUUACUGUACCUUCCUGUCUGUCAGUGGAGCAGAUCUGUUUUCACCAUAUGUUGGAGACUCUGAGAAAAUCUUAUCUGAGGUUUUUCGACAAGCAAGAGCCAGUGCCCCAUCAUUGUUAUUUUUGGAUGAAAUCGAGUCUAUCAUCGGAUCCCGAUCCACUAGAAGUAAUAAUUCUGGGGUGCAGGAGAGAGUUCUUUCAGUUCUUCUGAAUGAACUGGAUGGCAUUGGUCUGAAGAUAACAGAAAGAAGGGGAGCAAGACAUAAAAGGCAUUGUCAUGAUGACGAUUCAGAGCAAGAUGAAGGCAGCCUGAAGCUUGAUUUUCUGGAGGUUUGCAACAAAGAUGUCAUGGUGGUCGCUGCAACAAAUCUGCCUGGUAUGUUGGAUGAUGCCUUGCUGCGUCCAGGGAGAUUAGACAAAAUCAUUCAUGUUCCACCUCCAGACAAACAGGCCCGAUAUGCUAUCCUGAAGAUCUACACUGAGAAAUUUUCAUUAGAUGGCAACAUUAACUUGGAAGAGUUAGCAGAACAAACAAGCCAGUUCUCUGGGGCUGAUCUAGAAAAUCUCUGCAGAGAGGCUGCACUGCUGGCACUUCAAGAAGGUGGUUUGAAUGCUACUGCAGUAACUCGGGACCAUUUCGUAAAAUGUCUUCAAACUUACAGACCUUCUUUAGCAGCUGUAAUAGAAUCAUCAGUGUCUAGAAAUAAAGAAAUCACUCUGUGAAUAUACUUCUGGUAUACUGAGAAAAACUGUUCAACAGUGAUUGUUAUUGUCUUGAUUUAAUUUUAUAAAGAAAUUUUGUUGAAGUGGCAGUGGUCUUCCUCUCACUUGGCUUUACAUUGUAUGUUCUGGAUUUGGCCAGUACGUCUGGGGAAAAAGUUAAGUAUGCAUGUCCUUUCUUACUUCUUUAGACCACCUUAGCCGUGAAUAACUUUGUUAGUUUUAUCUGACAUUCACUGUAUUAUUUGUGAGUCACUUAUUUGGCAUACAUUAAAAUAAUGUGGUGCAGCUUGGCCUGAAUUGCAUGGAUAUUAGAGCACUAAUUAAUUUGCCUCAGUGGGCUCAACCAGUCAUAAAAAUGUAAACAAUAUUUGCCUUA